AUGACAUUAUUUAAACUGAAAUCGGCAACAACAAUACUUAUUGAAGAAGAUAACAAUAAAAACUGCUUACCCCUCCUUUAUGAACUAGUAAAAGAUGAUAACAACGUGAACAUCUUUUGCUUUGAUCAGCCAGUUUCUGCUUGGCAAGGAAUUUUUAUGAACAAACAUAUUAAUUGUUAUAAAGAAGUACCAACAAAUUUUGUAACUCUAAAGGAAAAUACAACUUUAAUAAUUGAUUCAGUAAACCAAAUGGCUCUUACAGUAGGUUGGAAUAAAUGUCUUAAACAGUUAAGAGAUUUCCAGCUUAACCUUAAUGUAACUAAACUGGUAUUAAUAUUACACAAAGAUUGCAUAUUACUUAAUUCAAAGCUCCAAAUUAAUUUGAUUCAUAUGACUCAUGCAAUAGUAAGUUUCUAUCCAAAACAUAACAAUAAACUGAGCAUACAAAUAAAGAAAGCAGGUAAAUUUAUUAAGAGUGAUGAAACUUAUUGUUAUGAUUCAAAAAUAGGCUGUGUAAAACUAACACCAAUUGUCAAACUAAGUAAGAAAGAUGAAGUAGAGAAGGUUGCUCCAGCUAACUUAACUACAUUUAAAAUAGAGACCGAUCAAAUAUCACAGUUGGAGAAAAAUAAAUUGAAGUUACCAUAUAUGAGUAAAAUAAAUGAAGGUCAAGGAAGAGUGUUUUAUGAACCUGACGCAGUUGAUGACUGGGAUGAUGAAGAUCCAGAUGAUGAUCUAGAUAUAUAA